AGGGGGCACAUUUUCACGGAGGCGAGUAGAACAAAACCGACACAGUGUAUCGCUAGUGCUGUUAUAAUCGUGUGGAAAGAACAAUUCUCAGCUAUCGUGCAUUCACUCGCUCUCAUCCCAGGUAAAUUUUACUUCCCCCUUUAAAUUUUUGAGGGUUUCACUAGAAAAUGACUGCUUCGGGACUGUUGCAAGUGCGUGACGUCACCUACGCGGCAACAAGAGGGAAUGUCGCCAAGCAAAAUUUGUGCCGCCGUUGGUAGCAAAUACACGCAAAAAUUGUACUUUGAUCCUAGGGCCGAUCAACCGUCUACAGGUGGUUAUUGGAUUACGGAUGAAGAGCUUCGCCAAAAAUUGGCAAACUUAAUUGACACCGAAGAAAAGAUCAAAAAUGCCUCCGUCUACAGCAAUCCGCUCUCUUCGUGGCAGUUGACAAACACCAUGUCUUACCACGCGUUCAUUAUAAUGGAAACGAACGAUUGGUGGUGGUCGAUUGAGAAAAACAUGGAACGCAUCACGAUUCAACGCUCGAAGAACCUCGAGAGUGUUCGGGACAUGUACCAAAGGAAGAAACGGCCGACUGGUUGGACUUCGUUGGCAGAAAUCAGGAAGCAUGACACAACUGCAGGCGGUAAUACAACAAUCAAAGAACUCAUCAACUACAUUUGGAGGAAAGAUUGUUUAAACAACGUUUACCAUCUUCUCAAGGCGAAUUGCCAAAUAUUUGCUGCUAUGGUUUUUUAUCGCAUCAAAUCACCAUACAAUGAUCAAGUCUAUUUUGACGAGGCUGCCGAUCAACCCCGAUCUUCAGGAAACAGUUGCUACAUGAAUGUGGAUCAAGUGUUCAACGAAGUGCGACGUUUAAGCACUUCAGAGACUUUUACUCAAUUAGAGAUUUAUAAAGGGCAAAUAAGUUCAUGGUACCUCCCCCAUUUUUUGGUACCAUUGGAUCGGCUUAACCUUUUUCUAAUCUUAUUCGCAAUAAUAUACGAUCUCUCAGUAAUAGUAUUAAUAUUAGGAAUAUUCUCAUUCAUCUUAAAAACAGUGCAAUUAUUCGUAAAUACUUUUCUAAAACCAAACAUAUCUGAAAUCUUUUCGCAUAAACAUCACUUCGUGAUUUUUCAAACGGACGAGAAAACUUACUGGUCGUUCGAACGAAUACCGACAGGUUUCACCAUUCAGCGAGCCAGAAAUAAAGACAUCCUUUUGAAAGAAUGUCAACGGAAUUCACGCGACACUUUGGUCUCCAAAAUAAAGUUCGAAAAGUCAGAUGUUGCCGUGAGGCAAAAUAUGAAUGCAGUAUUGGACUUUAUCUGGAAAAAGGACAACAUGGACAUAUUUUAUAUGCCCGCAGAAUAUUGUGGCACGAUAGCUUUGCGAAUCUACGAUCAAUUUAAAAGGAAAUAAUGUCUUUCUUUUAAGCACAACUAACACUAAUGCAAUAAAAUUUGCACUGUCCCAGAAAUUCUGUACGAACAACUGAGCUUUAAUACAAACUAUGAGCUGUA